UCCUCUGACUGACGAGAGGCUGGAGCAGAACUUCAUCUGAGCGUCGUCUCAUCGUCUCCUCUGACCCUGAACCAUCAUGUCUCGUACAACCAACCAAACCAGGGGGCGCUACACCCAGCCGGUGCCGACUUCUAACUUGGAGGAUUAUGAGGGAGAUUUUCCAGAAUUUGAGCCGUUUGAGGACGAACCUGGAUCUGAGGCCGCGCCCAGAUCUUACCCGCCUGCAGGAGGUCUGAUCGUGGAACACAUCGACAUGUGUAAGGAGAUGAACGGGCCGAAGCAUUACACCACCAGCUACGACAACCCCAACCUGGUGGUCCGUCGAGGCCUGGACUUCACCAUACGCCUCACCUUAAACCGGCCUCUGACCGAACACGACGACUUCCAGCUCGAGUUCCUGAUCGGCUCCAACCCUUCAGCCAAUAAGGGCUCCCUGGUGGUGGUGCCUUUCGGCCCCCGUGAGGGAGGCCCCUGGUUGGGCCAGAUUCUGGACGUUCAGGGACAAGUUGUGGUGCUCAGCAUCACUCCGGCCCCCAACUGCAUUGUGGGCAAGUUCCGGAUGUACGUGGCCUUCGCGGUGGGCGGGGGUAUGGAGCGGUCCAAGAGGGACGCCGCGACCGACGUGUACGUGCUGUUCAACGCCUGGUGUCCAGAGGACACCGUGUUUCUCCCUAACGAAGCCGAGCGGAUGGAGUACGUCCUCAACGACGUCGGUGUCAUCUUCAAUGGGUCGGUCGGGGCCGUGGCGUCUCGGAACUGGGUGUACGGGCAGUUUGAGAAAGGUGUGCUGGAUGCCUGCAUCCACCUCCUGGACGUGUGUCACAUGCCCAUCGACGACCGAGGAGACGUCCUCAAACUGGUCAGGAUGGGAUCGGCCGUGAUCAACUCUAACGAUGAUAACGGUGUGUUGGAGGGGAACUGGAGUGAGGACUACUCCAUGGGCACCUCCCCCACCGCUUGGACAGGCAGCGUCUCCAUCCUGCUGCAGUACGUCAACUCCAACAGCCCGGUCCGCUACGGCCAGUGCUGGGUGUUCGCUGGAGUCUUCAACACCUUCCUGCGGUGUCUCGGUAUCCCGUCGAGGGUCAUCUCCAACUUCAACUCAGCUCAUGACAACACGGGGGACCUUAAGACGGAGCUCAUCUUCAAACCCGACGGCUCCAUGGACAGACGCGCCAGCAGAGACUCCGUGUGGAACUUUCACUCCUGGAACGAGGUAUGCACGACCCGUCCGGACCUGCCGCCAGGUCUGGGGGGGUGGCAGGUGGUGGACGCCACCCCCCAGGAGACCAGCGACGGAAAUUUCCGCUGUGGUCCGGCCUCCGUCGCUGCCAUCAAGGAAGGUCUGCUGUGUCACCCAUUUGACGCCAGAUUCGUCUUUGCUGAGGUGAACAGUGACAUGAUCUGCCUGAAGAAGGACAAGUACGGGAUUCUGAGUCCAUACAGGGUGGACAAGACGUACAUUGGACAGUUCAUAUGCACCCAAGCUGUGGGCAGCAUGACGUAUGUGGACGUCACACACACCUACAAGCACCCUGAAGGGAGCGCGGCGGACAACAGCACCAUGGCUCGGGCCGAGGAGUACGGCUGUGAGAGGGAUCACUCCAGAGUGGUCGAGGCUCAGGUGUCUGCCGACAUCAGAGCUGAACAGUGCCACCUGGGUGAUGACGUGAACCUGGUGGUGACUUUCCACAACCGGGGAGAAGACUCCAGAAUCGUCAAGGCCCACCUGGAAGGAUCGGUCGUGUUUUACACCGGAGUCACAGCCAGUCAUUUCAAAAACCAGGACUUCACUGUGGAAGUGCCUCCGCAGCAGAAAACCAGUGUGACGAUUAAGGUCGCGGCGCAGGACUACAUGCCUCACCUGCAGUCUCAGCUCAGUCUCAGCUUUGUCCUGACCGGAAAGUCAGCCAACCAAUCACUGUCGGCCAUCAAGGUGGUCAGCCUCCUGACCCCCCCGCUCAGCGUGAUGGUGAGCGGCUACCCUCGUGUCCAGCAGCAGAUGUUUGUGACUAUAUCCUUCACGAACCCCUUCACCUUCCCUCUGUACAACGUGUACCUGUUCUGUGAGGGAGCUGGACUCAUGAGCCUCAAGAAUCACUUCUACAGUGUCAUUGGGCCUAAUGCUACCGUGUCCUGGCAGGAGAUGUUCGCCCCUCGGCUGAAAGGAUCCCGACGCAUCACUGCACUCCUGGACUGCAACGAACUGCGCCAGGUACAAGGACAUGUUGACGUGGUUAUUUCAGACUGAAGGCAUUGAUUGACAGCUCUGUGACCCCACCUCCUCCACCAAUCAGCAUCAGCAACAAAUUUUGUUAAAUUCAUUUACAUGCAGAAAUCAACACUUUUAAAUAUAUAUAGAUGAUUAGAUUUCCACACACACAGAGGUUUGUCUUCCCUUUUAGAAUCAGACUUGUUUGAUAUUUGGUAACAUUUAAUGUGCAGAAACUGUUUUAAACUUUUGACGUACACACAAAAAUUAAAAUAAACGUAGAAAUAUCAUUUGUCAGUUUAUAUUAAAAAAUAGUUUUAGUACA